AUGGCUCCCGCUAACCUCCCCUCCAUCUUCAAUGCCACCAGCCAGGACAUUGAGCAGCUCCUCGCUGCUCAGUGCCACAUCGGCUCCAAGAACUUGGGUGUCCAUGCGCAGCCCUACCUCUGGAAGACUCGCGCCGACGGUGUGAACAUCAUCAACAUCGGCAAGACCUGGGAGAAGAUCGUUCUCGCUGCCCGCAUCAUCGCCGCCAUUGACAACCCGAGCGAUGUCUGCGUCAUCUCUGCCCGUCCCUACGGUCAGCGUGCCGUCCUCAAGUUCGCCGCCCACACCGGCGCUCAGGCCAUUGCUGGUCGCUUCACCCCCGGUUCUUUCACCAACUACAUCACCCGGUCGUUCAAGGAGCCCCGCCUGAUCGUUGUCACCGAUCCCCGCACUGAUGCCCAGGCUAUCAAGGAGGCUUCGUACGUCAACAUCCCCGUCAUCGCCCUCUGCGAUACCGACUCUCCCACCGAGUACGUCGAUGUUGCCAUCCCCACCAACAACAAGGGUCGCCACUCCAUCGGUCUCGUCUGGUGGAUGCUCGCUCGUGAGGUCCUCCGCCUCCGCGGCACCAUCUACAACCGCGAGGCUCCCUGGGACGUUAUGGUCGAUCUCUACUUUUACCGCGACCCCGAGGCUGAGGCUGAGGAGAAGGUUGAGGAGGAGAAGCUCCCCGGCGUUGAUGAGGAGGGUGUUGCCGCCAUCGAGUCCGGCUUCCCCGCUGCUGGUGGUGACUGGGAGGCUGCUCCCGCUGCCUUCCCCGCUGCCGGUGCUGCCACUGGUGAGUGGUCCGAGGCCCAGGGUGCCCAGUGGGAGACUGGCACUGGUGCUCCCGCUGCCGACUGGGCUGCUGAGCCCGCCAAGGAGUCUUCGUGGUAGACGACUUUGAGAAAAUAAAAAGCAAUUGGGGUCAGGCGUAUCGGCGAUAUGGGCUCUGGCUUGACUACUUGUCAACACUUUUUCUCUUUCUCCCCUUUCUCCAGGCUGGCUCUCAGGCUUUUCGUUUGCAACCAUUGUGUCCUUGGCGCAGGUAAAAUUGACCUGCACUAAUGAGGGAAAGAUAUCCUCUUUGGUGGCUGUCUCUGUUGCCGCCGCUGGAGAGGGGGAAUGCCCUGUGGGGUCAAGAAGAGGUGGACUUGAUCGUUAUCUCGCCUCGCCUCGGUACAGUUGUAUUUUGGACUGGGGCAAUCUGGUCUAGAUGGGGGGAAUGUUUAGACUUUUUAGCUAACGGGAGCUGACCUGCCCUACUUUUGUGGUACUAUGUGAUGUUUGAUGUGUGAUUAUGUUUCCAAAGGCUGGACUUUUUAGUGAUUCUGAUCAUAUCAUGAAAAGGGGCUUCUUUGAGGGGACUUGGGCUGGGCGUUGGCUUUGACCCUGUAAAUUGAGAGUCUCGAAGAGAAGAGUCUGGUCCUCGGGAAGGUACAUUGUAUUGAUGUGGGUACUCAUUUCAAGAAUUGGGAAUUCAGUCAGCCCGUCAGAUGCUUGCUUUGGAUUUGAUGGUUCUGUCUGACAAUGGGGGGUUGCGAUUGAUGUGUUCAUCUUCAUGGUCAACGGGGAUGGGAAUCGGUUUGUGCUCUCUUUCAUGGUGCUGACGAGGUAGAAGUGAAAGUAUUUGUUGUAGUCUUAUUGGAGGAGGUCACUCGAUGAUAUUGUAUCACUACCUCUUUCACCAGAUUAUGGAUAGCGUCGGGCUUGAGCUAGCUAGGCUGUUGGUUAAGAGGGGUUUGGUGUGUGUGGUUGUGUUUGAAAGAGGGAUCUUUUCACGCUUCAUGAUCAUGAUGUCAGUGAUGUGUGAUAUUACUGUCUGCCUUGUGGUGAGGGGUCUGUAUGUGUCUU